UCCGUCAACUCCUACAUGGUGGUCAUCCUUGCCUCCCUCCUAUGCGCCCUUGUCUGCCUCGCUGGCCUCGCCCUCAUCACGCGAUGCGCCUGCUGCCGCAGCCGCACCUCUACCGCGAGCAAUAGCAAUCCUAAUAGUAACUCCAGCUCACUGACGGCACCCAAAGGAUUGAGGAAGAAGGCCAUCGAGGUGCUACCCACCGUCUCCUUCGGCGACCAAGGAGGAGGAGGCAGAAGGCCAUCGGAGUCGGAGUGCACCAUAUGCCUGGUAGAGUUCGCAGAGGGGGAGCAGCUGCGGGUGCUGCCGCACUGCACCCACGGCUUCCACGUCGCCUGCAUCGACGCCUGGCUGGGCGCCCACGCCAGCUGCCCCUCCUGCCGGACCACCAUCUCAUCAUCACCAAGGAGGCGGUGCGGGAGGUGCGGGGCGACCUGCGUGUUGGGGAAUGGGUAG